CCAAUUUCCAUUUCACUCCACAAACCAACAGAAUCUUCUCAACGACAAACACAAAAAAAAUGAUCCACAAUAGGUUUCAUCAUUUAUCUCAAAUUUACUCGGUGAUGGAUUCAGGAUUGAAUCAGACAACGAAUGGCACCGAUACACAUAAUAUGGCAGAAUUUUAUUCAUUUCUAUUGACGAUACAUCCGAUCGGAUUGGGUGUGAUAUUUACUACUAUUAAUUGGUUGUUCACAACAUUGGGAGCAGCUGCUUGCUUCUUUUUUAUUUGUUGUUCGGGGAGAUCUAAUAAGUUUUAUACUACAGUGAUGGAAUUAUUGUUUGGAUUGGGAGGUGGUAUUAUGUUGGCAGCUUCUUUCUUCAGUUUAUUGUUGCCUGCUGCAGAAUUGAGUGAAAAACAAUAUGGAGAAUAUAUUUCAGUGUUACCUGUAUUUGGAGGAUUUACAAUUGGAAUUUUAUUCUUUAUUAUAUUUGAUAUUGGAGUUGAUUAUUUAAAUGAUUUUGUUGAAAAGAAAAAGAAACAAUAUGAUAGGGAGUUACAGAUAUUGGAGGAACAAGAGGCUGCAGCAGUGGAACCAAUAAUGUCAUCAGCGUCUCUAACAGAAGUAACAUCAACAACAUCUGUAAUUGAAAUGAAAGAUUCUAACAAUAUUGAAAUUAAAAUUGAAGAAAAAGCAGCAGAAGUUCCACCUAAAAGGAAAGCAAAUUGGAAGAGUAAAUUGAGUUCACUAUUGGUGAAAUUUAGAAGAUCAUUCCUUUUAAUGUUAUCCAUGACUAUUCACAAUUUACCAGAGGGUAUUGUUGUCGGAGUUGCAUUCGGAUCUAUUUCAAACGAAACAAAUAAGAAUGGUAUUUCAAUUUCAAAUGCUGUCAGUUUGAGUUUGGGUGUUGGAAUUCAAAAUAUUCCUGAAGGGCUUUCUGUGUCACUUCCUCUUGUUAGAGAUGGUGCAGGUUAUUGGAAAUCAUUUUUUAUUGGAAGUGCUAGUGCUUUAGUGGAAAUUUUAGGAGGUCUUAUUGGAUCUGGAUUAGUUACUGUAUCUGAAUCAAUAUUACCAUAUGCCUUAUCAUUUGCUAGUGCUUGUAUGAUUUUUGUAGUUGUGAGUGAAUUAAUUCCUGAAACUAUUUCAAAACAUGAUCAUUCUUCUGGUGAGGAAUCUGAACCUAAAUCAGAUCUUGUUGCAGCAACAAAAUUAGAGGAAGGUACUUUAAAUUCUACUUCUCAAUUGGAAAUUUUUGAAAAAACUCCUGAUGUUUUGGUACCAAGAAAAAAGCAAAAGUUUUAUAAGUUGACCAGUAGAAUAGGAUUGGCUGGAUUCUUUGUUGGUUUCAUUAUCAUGAUGAUCUUAGAUCUCGUGCUAUAAUUAAUGAGUAAAUUUUAUUAUU